AUGUCGGCUUAUGAAAAUGUUGUUGGUGGUAAAUUGAAGCUGAAGGGAAAAGCAUUGGAUGUUGCUGGUGGAAUCAAAAAGAAGAAAAAGAAGAAUAAAAGAAAUCAACAGCAGUUUUUGCAACCAACUGAAGAUGAAAUUUCAGCAGGUGGAACAUCAGAACAAGCUAAAGAUUCUAAUGAAGAAGUAAAUGAUGGGGGUGAAUUGAAUGGGGAAGAGAAGCCUGCUCAUUAUGAUGAUCAUCUUACACCAGCAGAGAGGCGAUACAUAGAACAGAGGGAGCAACUUGAUGUUCAUAGAUUGGCCAAGAUUUCUAACAAAUCUCACCGCGAUAGGAUUCAGGAUUUCAAUCAAUAUCUCGCAAACAUGAGCGAGCACUAUGAUAUUCCUAAAGUUGGUCCUGGAUGA